AUGAGCGUCACGUUCGAGGUGCUGUUGGUGCUGCAUGAUCUGCAUGGCUUGCCGAGGCCACCUGUGGAUCCCGAUAUUCAACAAGUGGGCACCGUGCCCAUCUUCGAAGAGUUCUUCCACAAGGAGGUGCUUGGUGUGCCAGACGAAUUCCAGCCCAGCAAUGCCAACCUCGUGCUGCCCCUGCUGCCACCCAAUGAGACCACAGUGGCCACAUUUGGGCGACUUUUAGAUCGCUAUGCCAAUGGCAACCUCGCCGAUUCCUUGCCAGCGCUGCAGGAUAACUCGUCGUUUCCCGAGCUGUCGGCAGCUCUCGAUGCAGACAGCGUUGACGACAUCCGCUGUACUGAGUGCACGUCCAGGAGCCUUCUGGAAGAUGACCUCCUGUCUGUCGGCAACAGAGCUUUGCAGCAGUCAUGCAGUCGGUGUGAGGAGCUGCGAGCCACCCGAAAGAACUACGACGUGCUGCAGGCACGUUUCAUUUCGUACUUUUUCUGGCCUGCACUGAUGGACACUCUGAACGUUCCCAAGACAGUGGAGCUCCCCCCAUACCCACAAAAGAAACGCAAGAAGUACUACCGUGCAAAGUCCAAGCUGAAUAAGCCAUGGGUGAGGGAGAUGUGGAAGGAGCGCAAGCAACGGGCUGCAGCGGCAGCUGUGUCUGGUGCCAUAUCGGAGCAAGGGGAUGGCAGUGCAGAGGAGGCCGACACUGAGCUGGCCUCUAGUGCAUCCCACUCUGCCGUGGAUGCAUAGGCUGACUUGCAUGCACCAGCUGCUUUUUUUGUUUUGUGCCUCUGUAUUUUAGGCAUACCAAUAUUACCAUGUAAGUAGAUGGCAAUAAAUUUAAAAUUAUUGAUUUAUUUUAUUCAUGGCAAUCAAAACUUGUAAAUUGUUUCUUUAAGUACUGCAACUCUAGUUCGGGAAUGUGGCAGUUGGGAACACAGUAUAUCUUCAUAU